AUGUUGUUUGAAGUUACUGUGUCGGUAGUAAAUGUUUACACAGCAAUAGAAAACUCAGGCCAACAUCACUGUAAAAGUCCAGAGAAGCCCAGUGCCCCCGCCGUCACCCUGGUGCCAUGCCAUCUACGGGGCAGCCCUGGAGAGCAGGCGCGCCAAGGGUGUCAGCCAGGCGGCCUUGAACCGAGGCGGAGCGGCUGCCCAGGCCCAGACCUCAUCCCCUGCAGCCGAGCUUCUUUCCUCUCCUCCUUGUUAGAAUCCAGCCUUGGGACUUCGCUGGUAGUCCAGUGGCCAAGACUGCGUGCCCAGCGCAGGGGGCCUUGGGCCAGACCCCUGGUCAGGGAACUAGACCCCGCGUGCCGCAGGAGAGUGGAGACCACGUGA